AAAACGACGCGCAUGCGUUGCUCUUGGAAUAAUUUUGCAGCCUAAGUUGCAUCUCAGAGAUCUCGUGUGAAAAGUAUCUGGCCGGAUCAGGAGUCAGUGAUGUGGGGGACUCUGGACCGCGGGUGCUGGGGGCUCUCCUGCUUGUCCCUGCUGGCGUCUGUGGUGUGCGGGGCGCAAAGUGCCAACGAGCCCAGCAACAUGUCCUAUGUGAAAGCCACCGUGGACAAGCUGCUGAAGGGCUAUGACAUCCGUCUGAGGCCUGAUUUUGGAGGCGCCCCUGUAGAUGUUGGCAUGAGCAUAGACAUCGCCAGUAUUGACAUGGUGUCUGAAGUCAACAUGGACUACACUAUCACCAUGUACUUCCAGCAGUCCUGGAGAGACAAGCGCCUCUCCUACACCGGCAUCCCUCUCAACCUGACUCUGGACAACCGGGUGGCAGACCAGCUGUGGGUCCCCGACACCUACUUCAUCAACGACAAGAAGUCCUUCGUCCACGGAGUGACCGUGAAGAACCGGAUGAUCCGGCUGCACCCUGAUGGCACCGUACUCUACGGUCUCAGGAUCACAACAACAGCCGCCUGCAUGAUGGACCUGCGCAGAUACCCGCUGGAUGAGCAGAACUGUACGCUGGAGAUCGAGAGCUAUGGAUACACCACUGAUGACAUCGAGUUCUACUGGCAGGGAGGGAGCGGCGGCGCGUCAGUCACCGGGGUGGAGAACAUAGAGCUGCCCCAGUUCUCCAUCAUAGACUACCAGACCCUCUCCAAGAAAGCUGUGUUUGCUACAGGUUCUUACCCUCGCCUGUCCCUAAGCUUUAAGCUGAAGAGGAACAUCGGUUAUUUCAUCUUGCAAACCUACAUGCCCUCCACCCUUAUCACCAUCCUGUCCUGGGUGUCCUUCUGGAUUAAUUAUGAUGCUUCGGCUGCGAGAGUAGCCUUGGGUAUAACCACGGUGCUGACCAUGACCACCAUCAAUACCCACCUGAGGGAGACUCUACCCAAGAUCCCCUACGUCAAGGCCAUUGACAUUUACCUGAUGGGCUGCUUCGUCUUCGUUUUUCUGGCCUUGCUGGAGUACGCCUUCGUCAACUACAUCUUCUUUGGUCGAGGGCCGCACCUGCAGAAGAAGGUGGCUGAGAAGGCGGCCAAGUCCAACAACGAGAACAAGAGCAGACUGGAGAGCAACAAAGUGCAGGUCGACGCUCAUGGCAACAUCCUGCUGACCAACCUCACCAGUGAGAUGAGCGGAGCAGAUAUGAUGGGCGCUCUCAACGACCCCCGGGCCACCAUGUUCUCCUAUGACAGCGCCAGCAUACAGUAUCGCAAACCCAUGACCAGUCGAGACCUGUACGGACGGCCGACCAUGGACCGACCAAUGGGCCACAAGAAGGGCAGGUUGCGAAGGAGGGCCUCGCAGCUCAAAGUCAAGAUCCCGGACCUCACGGAUGUCAACGCCAUAGACAAGUGGUCCCGUGUUGUUUUUCCAAUCGCUUUCACCUUCUUCAACCUAGUCUACUGGCUCUACUACGUCCACUAGAGCGGCGGUGGCGAGCCUGUGUGGCAGCACCGCCGCUCAUGAUGGGUUUGAAAAGCUACCUAGGUCUUGUACAGGGAUGAAACUAGAGGAGCAUUCAGUCCAUUUGUAUAAAUCCGGUUCUGGAAUGAGUAGAACUGGAUCUCUUUUCAAUGUAAAUACAAUUGAAUAUAUAUAUAAAAUAUAUAUAUAAUACAUACAGAGGUAUAAUUUAUUAAAAAUCACUUUUGCUGUACUCGUCCACACAAAAUAGAUAUAGAUAAAAUAUAAUACAGAUUUUAAGACACAGUAAAGGUUCACAGCUAUGUCCAAACUUGCCAAACAGACUUUGGGGACUCCAACUUUACUGGCAAUGAUCUUUGAUAUGAUCUAUUUCUUUUUCUUACCUUCUGUUAUCUCACUUUUUGCAUGUGAAUGAAACACACAUUUUAUUUGCUUAUAGGAAAAAAAGAGAAAACGAAGCCCAAAACAAAACAAGUAGACAACAACAAAAACACUUUUUACAAGAUCUCGUGCUCAUUCAGCCGAUUAGCAUAAGCCGUAUGGUUGAACUUCAUCGUAACGGAGUCGUCUUUCUUUGGUUUUCGCUUGGGUAUGUAUCAUUGUGCUGAAAUCCUUUUGCACUGUUAACCAAACUCGGUUUCUUUCUGUUUCCGUAAAGAGAAAAAAAAAAAGAAGAAGAAAAGCUUUGCAUGGCUCUCGGGGCCACUCUGUAUUAUAUUCAUUAUACUGUAUGCUUUCGAACAAUCAUUGCAUUUAAGGUUAGUACAGGGCCGAUGUUAAUUGGAACUCCACACUUAUUUCUCAAAAGCAGAGUGUAGUCAAAUUUAUACCUAUGAUAUUCUCACACCUGGGACAAUGUACAAUGUGAAAACUCUUUAAAAGAAAUCAGGUAAAGACUGACCAAUGAUGUCACCACAUGUCGAAAAAUCUCACUAACAAUUCAAGCCCUGAUAAAACACGCUGCUGGUGUCGCAGGCACGGACAGUUUGUCACACUGCACACUGCACUGAGCUUCAUCCGUCUUAAUUUGUGGCACAAGUAAAGCUAGAAAUGAGGUAAGCAGAACUCUUAUUUAUUUUUUACAGGGAUUACCUUUAAGCUUCUUAGGCACCUUCCAAGGCUUAGGUAGUCAGGGCUUAGGACCAGCUGCAGUGCCUGAGUCCACAUUUGCUCCAGGGUUCAAACUUGUGUGCAGGUACAAACAAUCAGCAGAGCACAACGUGUCAAAAGAAGCCAGCCCCCCCCUCCUCCUCCUGAGAGCGGAUGAAGCAAGUUUAAUAUUCAUAUGGCAGACUUCAAAUAAUGCAAUAUAUAUUCAUCAUCACCCCUGCCUACCAGUUUCCCAUAACAUUUAACCUUCAAGUAUUUAGGGCCCGAACAUUCGUCCGCUUCUUCACCAAACCCGAAACAUUUCCGCUCCACAAAGACAGCGUGGUUAGCUCUCCUACACGUCUGAAUGUGGACAUCAAGGAGCUCAUUCAGCAUCAGCUCUGCACACUCAGGGCUCUGUGGUCAAUUGGCAACACCGAAUACUGGGGAUGUAACGAUACCCUCGACUCACAACGCUGGGUUCAUGAUGCAGGGUGUGAGGUUCACUGUUUAUAUGGAAUAAUGAAAAUGUUGUGAUGAUUGGAUUCUGCCUUUUUUGAUUUCGCCUUCAGCCAAGGUUUCUGUACUUUCUGUGUUGAUAACAUACAUGCUUUUGUUUUGAAAGGACGCUAAAGGUACCUUGUCCAGCUGGUAGCUAAAAGAACUAUCAAGGAUGUGUUAGCGCCCCUUACAGAGACACAACACCUUCACUUGUUUUUGAACUACUAAUCGGUUAAACAAACUACUAAUAUUUGUAUUAUUGUAGACCCCAAAUGUCACUCAUAAGUUGUGUCGAAGCUGUAGUUCAGCCUCCCUCCACUAGCUGGGGCUGUAGCUCUGCUGCCAUAACCCUCUGCAGCUCUACUACCUGGAUGUAAACGAG